AUUUAUUUAUUUAUUUAUUUAUCCAAACAGCUAGUUCAAGUUAUCUGCAAUAAUGACUCGGCUCUUUCUUCCGUCUAACAGGCAGUAUCGCAGGAAAGACGCCCCCGCCGGUUUGUCACCAUGAAGUCGUGCCCUGUGUGCAGCAAGAGGUGUGGCUCGACGGGUGCACUCGCCGCCCACAUGCGGGUGCACACCGGGGAAAAGCCUUUCGAGUGCGACGUGUGCCAGAAGAAGUUCUCUCAGCAUGCCAACUUGCGGACACACAUCAACACACACACUAGAGAGAAGCAGUUUGAAUGCCCUGUAUGCAGUCGAAGUUUCGCUUCUGCUUCUGGUCUAUCAUAUCAUCACCAAUCUCACACAGGAAAGAAACCGUUUGAGUGCAGCGUGUGUCUGAAGACGUUCCGUAUCGCUCAUGAGCUGCAAGUACAUUUCCGAACCCACACACGCGAGAAGCCUUACAAAUGUCAUGUAUGCAACAAAGCGUUUUCUCAAUCUAGUAGCCUGACGUUACAUUUCCGAAGACAUACUGGCGAGAAGCCUUUUGAAUGCACUGUGUGUCACAAGAAGUUCGCUGACUCUGGGGAUCUACAUAAACAUACCAGAAUCCACACAGGUGAAAAACCAUUUGGGUGCACGGUGUGCCCCCAAAAGUUCUCUUUAUCAGGGAACCUUAAAAAUCACCUCCUAGUCCAUUCGGAAGUAAGGCAAUUUGAGUGUACCGUGUGCCUUAAGAAGUUCAAGAGAUCUUAUCAUCUCCGAUAUCAUCUGUGGAGAGUUCACUCCGGCGAGAAAUCAUACGAGUGCAGUGUGUGCCACAAGAAACUUGUCACAUCUUCUGAUUUAAAGAAGCACCUUAAAACACACACAGGCGAUAAACCUAAACCUGCUUUUGAGUGCAAUGUGUGCCACAAGAAGUUGGGAUCAUCUGGGAGUCUACGGUCACACCUCCGAACCCACUCAGGCGAAAGACCAUUCGAGUGUCAGGAGUGCCACAGGACCUUUUCUGCAGCCGGCAACCUGAGGGUACAUCGCCGAACCCAUACGGGUGAGAAGCCAUUUGAGUGUCAGGAGUGCCACAGGACCUUUUCUCAAGCCUACAACCUGCAGACACACCUCCGAACCCACACAGGCGAGAAGCCGUUCGAGUGCCAAGAGUGCCACAAGACCUUUUCUCUGCCUCACGUCCUGCAGGUACAUCUCCGAACCCACUCAGGCGAGAAACCAUACGAGUGCACUGUGUGCCACAGGAAAUUCGCCGAAUCUUGCACUCUGCAAAGGCAUUCCCGGACCCACACGGGAGAGAAACCUUAUGAGUGCAACAUGUGCCACAGGACUUUCUCUACUGUUAGCGGUCUGCGAGGACACGCCCGAACCCACACCGGCGAAAAGCCUUACGAGUGUAAUAUGUGCCUCAGGAAGUUCUGUGAAGCUAGGUCCCUGCGGCGACAUCUCCAAACCCAUACAGGCGAGAAAUCUUUUGUUGAGUGCAACGUGUGCCAGAAGAAGUUGUCCAGUACUAACUCCCUGAAGUACCAUCUCCUAACCCACACAGACGAUAAAGCCUUUGAGUGCAAUGUAUGCGGCAUGAAAUGCAGGUGUGCUAGUCAACUGCGUGUUCAUCUUCGGACGCACACUGGCGAGAAACCUUUCGAGUGUACCGUAUGCCACAAGAAGUUCCCAGUAAGUGGCAAUCUUCAAAGUCAUCUCCGAACUCAUACAGGAGAGAAACCAUUCCAGUGCACUGUUUGCUUCAAGACUUUCUCCUUAUCGGGCAAUCUGAAAAGCCACUUACGAACUCACACUGGGGUGAAGCCAUUUGAGUGCACUGUUUGCCUCAAGUCGUUCGCUGGAUCGGAGAACCUGCGAACGCAUCUCCGAAUUCACACAGGAGAAAAGCCGUACGAGUGCAUGACGUGUCCGAAAAGGUUCGCCGAUUCAGGGAGUCUUCGUAAACAUCUCCGCACCCAUUCGGGAGAAAAACCUUUUGAGUGCAGUGAAUGCGGUAUGAAAUUUUCGGAGGGUACUAAACUGCGUAUCCAUGUCCGGACGCACACAGGCGAGAAACCUUUCGAAUGUACCGUGUGCCACAAGAAGUUCGCAGUACGUGGCAAUCUUCAAACUCAUGUCAAAAUUCAGCAUAACUUGGUGGAUAAAUCUUUCAAGUGCACCGUAUGUCAGAGGAAAUUUUCGUUUUCCAGAAGCUUGUUGACACAUCUGCAAAACCACAUAAGACAUAUGUAGGCAAAAACGCAUGGCUUUUGGACCCCAAAUCUGAAGAUUGCUUAUGUUACUGUAGGUUGUCAGGGCAGGUGUAAGUACACCAGACCAGAUUGCUCAAGUGGCUUUCUCGUAAUUUACAGUUUGUACUUACACUGUAAAAAAUAUUGUCGUAAAUUUACAAAAUUUUUGUAAACUUGAAUUAUAAUUUAAGUUGUAAAUUUACGUGAGCCCCUUUUUUACUCGCCAAUGGAUUUGAAGUCGAUACGUACUGCAUGUAUUUUUACGAUUCCAAAUUGUAAUUUUACAACUAGCGUCAAGGAAAAUUUUCCUGUAAACCUACCUACUAUUUUUCACAGCAGUGUAUUUGGAUCUAUUUUCUACGCCCUUUAAAGUUCAAGUUUAGGAGGGUUUUAUUAUGACAAUUAUAUUUCUCCCUCUACUGAUUUUUGCGAGGGGGCCUCAAUCUCGGCAAUCUAGUGUUGUACACCCACCCCGGCAAUCUACGACAAUCUUCGGCAAUCUCUAGGUAAUCGGCUGCAAAGGCCAUCCUUUUUGCCUACAUUCAGGGUGAUUUAGUGCGUUUUGCCUAGUUGCAGGCGGUUUAUGCCCUUAAAUCUAAAUAUUCGUCAAGCAAUCUGGCAAUCUGGUGUACAUCCUACAAGUGAGUUGAGGCCCCCUCGGAUUUUUGUACAUUAUUUUAUUUGAAAAAUGUCUAUAUUUGCGAGUCGCUAGGAAAGCUUGUUACGAAAUAAAAUUUCGCUUUUCUCUGAGCAGAUGUGUUGUGAGUUAAUCGGGUCUUAGCCUGGGACCUUGGGACCGGUGACCAGUUAAAAAAUAAAAUCAUAUUUACCCUUUCUCCUUUCAUGUAUCUACGUAUCAUUCACUACAUCCUACUCAUUAUAAAGUGGAGCUGAAUUCAAUUGAGCCCGGGAUUUACUGGCUAGGGUAAGGUGCCCUAUUGUGGCCACUGUCCCAUUGAUGGCCACUUUUCUCGAUUUCCAGCCAAUCUGGCCACUUUACAAUCUUGGCCUUGAAGUAGUGUUCUAGUAAGGUCCCUACUUGGGCAUAAUAAGCCAAACUACUUCACAUCGUUGUCUACAUUACAAGAAAAAGGGGUGGCCAUCAUUGGGCAGGCCCAUUCUUAAGGUGGCUAUCAUAGGGCAUCUUAUCCUAUUUGGGUCUGUACAUUUACUGAACACUUGCUGGCAAGGGGGGGGGGGGAAUUCACUCUAUUUCCAGGGCUGCCACAAGUCAGGGAAAUGUCAGGGAAAACAAAAUGUGUCAGGGAAAAACGGUCGGCAGCGUUAUUUUGGGUGUUCGGGCGGUGGUUCGCAAAAGUCCCUCCUUGCUUAUUGCAUUCUGACUGCUAAUCUUGUUGUCAGGGAAGUUCACGAAAUUGUCAGGAAAAAGUCAUGGAAAUGUCAGGGAAUUUCCCUUCUCCAUUCUCGUGGCAACCCUGAUUCUUUUACAGUGAAGGGUGUUCUAAAAUGCAGUGUCAAGUACACUUUAACUUAUGUAUAUCAUGUACACAUUUGAAUUGACAGAGCACUCACAUGGAGCAGUGUCCCAUGAUCAUCACUUAAAUGGAGCGACGAAAACGAACAUCGCUCUGAUUUAGGCAACGAUAAUCCGUCACUCUUUUUCAGACUUCAGACGAGCCACAUCACUCCGGCAGUUCCAGUGUAUUUAAAACCUCCAAGAAAAGUACCGCUUUUUAAAGACAUUUGUUUGAUUGAAAUAAAAUGUCAAUAAUAUUAUGUUGAUAUAGGAAACCUCUCAAAUCUCUCAAUUGCCCUGCCCCGCUGCGCCGCCUCCUGGCGCUCCCCGUAUGGGAGUGCAGCACGCAGACGGGUGACUGCUCCCCGUGGGAGCUCGGGGCGGGAAGCUUUAGCUUUAGCUGGGCACACGGUAUCUAUUUCCAGCAGGACUGGUUGGCCUGGGCCGGGCGGACACCACCAGGCCACCGCACCAGCACGCACCAGCACACCACGCGCCAGCAGAUCACCGCGCGUCGCUCUUCCCUAGUCUUUGCGCGGUCACAAUUUUCACCCCUUAUUUCAACUCAUAGUUGACUACCUUCCCUGUGUUGCCAUUGUAUUUAUUACCUCUCGCAACCGGGAGGGUGCCGAAAGGAUCCCUCGCGUACUGGCGAGCUUCCGCACCGCCCUCCGUCCUGUGGCCCCGAGCGAGUAGGCAACCCGCACACACGCACGCCAUGCGGUACAGCAUAACUACAAAACACCUCGGUGUGUCUUUCGCCACUUUGGUAUGACGCCACUGCACUUCCGUAUCCCUGGCACUUCAACCCGUUUGUCACCGUCACACACCCCCGUGCUGGUGGUGGCCGACGAGCUGGUCAGCAGCGCCUAUCACUGCCACUGACGGGGCGGAGCGGGCGCGUGACAGCCCUGUGGCCCGCCCCGCCACGCCCCGCCACGCGCCGCCACGCCCCGCCACGCCACGCAAGAGGGCCGUAUGGAAUGGGUGGCAGCUCGUCAUGCCGAGUCACGUGACGUCCA